AUGAUUGUUAUUUAUGCAAUAAUGAUUACUGGAUGUAUCAACGCAUCGAACUUGGAGAAGUUUCAACUGAAAAUCGCACAACAUGAGUUGUAUGAAGACGGCGAAAAGUUAGUUGAAGAUAUCCUGAAAGAUAUGGAGACGUCACCAAUCUUACACGUUGAGCAAAAAGAAGGUGGCACGCAACUGAAGCUAAUUAUUGACUACCCAAAUGGAGUGCAAGCGUUGUUCAAGCCAAUGAGAUUUGCAAGAGACGUCCAAACGUUGCCAAAUCACUUCUACUUCUCGGACUAUGAGCGUCACAAUGCUGAAAUUGCCGCGUUUCAUUUGGACAGAAUACUCGGCUUCCGGAGAGCGAUGCCAGUUGUCGGUCGAGUUCUAAACAUGACGACGGAAAUAUAUGACGUGACGGAGGGCGACAUCCUCAAGACAUUUUUCGUGUCGCCAGCAAACAAUUUUUGCUUUCAUGGAAAAUGCUCCUACUACUGUGAUACUGGUCACGCGAUUUGUGGCAACCCAGAUAUGUUAGAAGGGAGCUUCGCAGCGUUCCUACCGUCCUCGGAUCUAGCUGAACGAAAGGUAUGGAGACACCCGUGGAGGCGAUCGUAUCACAAACGACGAAAAGCUCAGUGGGAAUUGCAGUCGGAUUAUUGCGAUACGGUCCGUACAACUCCACCAUACGAUUCAGGUAGAAGACUCCUGGAUCUAAUGGAUAUGUCCAUAUUUGAUUUCCUUACGGGUAAUAUGGACAGACAUCAUUACGAAACUUUUAAAAUGUUUGGAAACGAAACAUUUACCCUGCAUUUGGAUCAGGGUAGGGCCUUUGGAAAGGCUCUUCAUGAUGAACUCAGCAUUUUGGCACCGCUGCUGCAAUGCUGCCUCGUACGGCAUACUACACUCGCUGUACUUCUAAAAUACCACAACGGAGUACCACUAUCUUCGGUUCUCCGGGAGUCAAUGAGGGUUGAUCCGGUCUCCCCAAUCUUGUGGGAGCCACACUUAGCUGCUUUAGACCGACGUUUGGUCACCGUUCUUGAUGCUAUCAGAAAAUGUGUUGAAAAAGCUGAAAAUCCUUUACAAAAUGAACUUAAUGACAUUGUAUGA